AUGGCCCAGUCUCGGGCUAACGGCUCGCACUACGCCCUGACGGCGAUAGGGCUGGGGAUGCUCGUCCUCGGCAUCAUCAUGGCCGUCUGGAACCUCGUGCCCGGCUUCGGCCCCCUCGACAAACCUGCCACCCACGCCGGGAACAGCAGCAAGCCCGACCACGACACCAGAGGCAUUUUGAAGAGCAAAACCUUCUCGGUGGCGUACGUGUUGGUGGGGGCAGGCGUGCUGCUGCUGCUGCUCUCCAUCUGCCUGAACAUCCGGGACAAGAAGCGGCAAAGCGAAGACAUUGCUCGCGUGCAGCACCACACGUCUGCAGAGCCCUCGCAGCAGGAGGACAGCCAAGAAGAGGAGGAAGAUGCCUCUUCCCAGUACUAUGUCCCCAGCUACGAGGAGGUGAUGAACGUGGGCUACUCUGAGCCCAGAGACUCGGACAGGAGCAACAGGAUCAGCGUCUCCCUGCCCUCCUACGAAUCGCUGACGGGGCUCGACGAAAGCACCCAGCCACCGGGAGCCUCCGGCACAGAGCCUGGCACGGAGCGGCAGCCUAGCCGGCACAGCUCGCGCCUGAGCAAGCGCCUGAAGCCGCUGAAGGUCCGGAGGAUCAAGUCGGAGAAGCUGCACCUGAAGGACAUCAGGCUAAACCUUGCGGAGGGGAACAGCACUGCCCCUAUCACGAUAGAGCCGCUGACCCCCCCGCCCAAGUACGAGGAGAUCCAGGAGAAAGUGCCAGGGAGCCAGCAAAUGACUUAA